AUGGCGAAGGCCACGGCGGCCUCGGCCGCGGCGCUCGCCGGCCUCUUCGGCCAGGCCAGCGCCUUCGUGGCUGCGCCCGCCGCCGGGGCAGGCGCCGCGUCGCUGCGCGGUGCCCCCGUGGCCAGCCCGGCGCCCGUGGCGGGGCGGCAGGCCGCGGCCGGCUCUCCCGGGGCCGUCGUCCUCGGCGCGGCCGCCCUCGGCGGCCUCGUCGCCGCCGCCGGGGCCCCGCGCCGCCGUGGCGCAGGCAAGCGUGCGCGGGCCGCGACGGCGUGCCGCGCCCUCGCCGUGGGGGACACGGUGCCCUCGGUGAAGCUCGACCAGGGCUUCCCGCCCGACAAGUUCGACCUGGCAGAGAUGUGCAAGGGCAAGAAGGUCGUCUUGGUGGGGCUGCCUGGCGCCUUCACUCCCACCUGA